CAACUCGUCAUCAACUUUUUCAACACAUACCAGCAAUGAAGUUGUAUGACCACAGACAUUUCUUGUGCGGCUUAACUCCAUUCAAGAAGAUGGAGAAGACGAUGAAGGGCUGUUGGAGAAGAUGGAAGCGAAAAACGGGAGAGAUAAAACCAGCUGUAGAAAAAGAGGCCGGAGAGAAGGGGAUGAUAAAAAACGUUAACUACGUAUUCAUAACUGUUUUUGCUACUUAUACGGUGGGGUUCCAACAUGUACACACUUCCAACAUGUGCGAGUCAAAUUUUGUUCACCACUCCAAAGUGGGUGAACAUAUAUCACCCCCUCUCUUCCUUUGGCUCACAUUCUAUGUUUAGAAAAAGUUGUUAUUGUUUUUCUAUUUAUAGUUUAAUUUUUAUAAAAAAGUAUAUCAGAUUUAGUAAACUGUUUUCACUGGUAUCAAUAUAUA